AUGUUCGGGAUUGCAGGAGAUGUGGAUGAAUGUGACUUGAGGGUUGAUGGUUGCACUGGUGUGGCAUCGUGUGUUAACACGCUUGGUUCUUUCCGUUGCACAUGCCCACCGGGAUAUAAGGCAAAUGGCACUGGCUGUGAAGGACCGGUGCGAGCACCGAAGCGCAUUCUUUCAGGACACGGGGGAGAUGCUGUCCGGCCCCGUAGCUUUCGACGCGUCGAGACGGCGCAGGAGGUGGUGAACAUUCUGGAUGCAGAAUUGGACGUGGACAUCAAUGAGUGUCUUGUGCCCUACCCACACUGUGAACAUAGAAGGUGCAUCAAUGAGAUUGGAGGCUUUAAAUGCUGCCAACUCGGGUAUAUCGCCAAUCGGACAAUGCUGAACAGUGCCGGGAUUGAAGAAUGUACAGUUCAAGCAUGCCCGAAAAGCAGCAAUUUUCUAGGCACCGUCACUGACAUAACCAAUGUUUUGAAGAGAUUGACCUGCAAUCCAGGAUUGGCCUUGAAGCCGGGUGUACCUGCAAUCCAGUACUGCGACGGUCAAGACUACUGGCCAUUUUGCGUUGAUGUUGAUGAAUGUAGCUUGAACAUUCAUAAAUGCACUGGCAUGGCAACAUGUGUAAACACACACCGGUCAUACCAGUGUACAUGCUCACCAGCAUUUCGCAGUAAUGGCACCGACUGUGAAGAUAUCAACGAGUGUCUUCUGCCCUCGACGCCCUGUGAAUAUGAAAGGUGCAUUAAUGAGAUUGGAAACUAUACAUGCUGCCAACCCGGGUAUAUCGCCAAUAGGACAAUGCUGAACAGUGCCGGGAUUGAAGAAUGUACAGCUCAAGCAUGCCCGAAAAGCAGCAGUUUUCUAGGCACCGUCACUGACAUAACCAAUGUUUUGAAGAGAUUGACCUGCCAUCCAGGAUUGGCCUUGGAGCCGGGUGUACCUGCAAUCCAGUACUGCGACGAUCAACACCUCUGGCCAGUUUGCGUUGAUGUUGAUGAAUGUAGCUUGAAUAUUCAUAAAUGCACUGGCAUGGCAACAUGUGUAAACACACACCGGUCAUACCAGUGUACAUGCCCACCAGCAUUUCGCAGUAAUGGCACCGACUGUGAAGGUAAAUAA